CACCUGCACCCAAGAAAAGAGCUUAAUUAAAACAAAAGCAACAGUGGAUUUUAACAGCAUGCCGGUUCAUUCUUUGGCUUAAUUAAUAAGUUGCUUAACUAUUCCAGGAUUAACUCAAGAAAGUUGAUUGGUAGAGAUAUGUGAUUCUUGGAACGUAUGUUCCUUCCCCAACUUUGCUUCCUAAUUUUAGAGGUUUCAUGUUGCAUACAGAAAGCACUUGAACAAUCCUGCGAGGCUGUUUUGUGGUUAUAAAUAUUUGACAAGUCUCCUGGGCUGAAGUUUCAGACCCUGCUUUUGAACAUCCCCUAAAACCAGCUGUCGAGCAACCUUCUUGCUCCAGUGCCAGAACUGCCCCGCUGGAGUUGGAGCUGCAGCUGCCGCGAGCCGUUUAUAUUUCAGCUCCUGUAGAGCAAUCCGAAGAGGGGACGGUAUGGAUCACCGCGAAGCCACCUUGGAGGCGGAUAAAAUCCACCAGAAUCGCCUGCCCAGCGUCCCGGACGAUGACGACGAGGAACAAGAUGCCGCCUUUACCAUUGUCAGAGUCCUGGACAAAGUGGCGACCAUUGUGGACAGUGUGCAGGCAAGUCAGAAACGCAUUGAAGAGAGGCACAGAGAAAUGGAGGAUGCCAUCAAGACCAUUCAGAUAGACAUUCUGAAGCUCGCUCAGGCCCACAACAACACCAGCUACACAGUCAACAAGCUGCUGGAGAAAACCCGCAAAGUGAGCGCUCGUGUCAAAGAAGUGCGGGCACGUGUCGAGAAGCAGAACGCGAACGUGCAGAAGGUUGAGGCCAAGCAAGAGGAAAUGCUGCGGAAAAACAAGUUUCGUGUUGUCAUUUACCAGGAGGACAUUCCGUGCCCAUUGUCUCUGUCAGUUAUCAAAGACCGGACACAAGGGGAACACCUAGGAGAUGCCUUCUGCCCACCUGACGAUCUUUCUUCUGAUGAGGAGUAUUACAUAGAAGAAAGCAAAGCAGCCCGGUUUAAGAAGUCAGGCAUGAGACGUAUCAACAAUAUAAAGAAGGCCUUCUCAAGAGAGAACCUCCAGAAGACAAGGCAAAAUUUUGGCAAGAGGGUGGACAGGCUCCGAACUAGAAUAGUGACGCCAGAGAGGAGAGAGCGAAUAAGGCAGUCAGGAGAGAGGCUGAGGCAAACUGGGAUAAGAUUUAAGAAAAAUAUAUCCAAUGCAGCACCAACCAAGGAGACCUUCAAGAAGAAGAAGAAACCUAAAGAGCAGGCAAUGGCUGAAGGUCAAGAUGGAACCCAAGAGGCUACUGGCGAUACAACAACAACAGCUGAUAGUGGGGAUGCCGAGCCAGUCUCUGAAGAAAUUUCCUACACAGAGGUAAUAACCAAAGUGAAGAAAGACAAAGGUGGUGGAUCAAAAGGUCCUUCUCAGGCCGAAGAGAAGAUAGUGAUUACUCCUGAAAAAAUAGUGCUCAAGCAGGAGGCAAAAGAAGAUGAGGAUGUCCUUCUAUUGGAUCUGAAGCAAUCUGCCUAAAUAGCAAAUCCCUGUCUACUGUGGUAGGGAAGGAGCAAUCCCUUCAACUUGGGUAGGUGUAGAAGAGCGGUUUUCAAACUUCCUUCAAGUAGCCCUUUCUUCUGAACUGAUUUGCCUGCUGAUGAAACCUUGGAGAAAACCUUGGCUCUUUGCAGAAGAUUCUGGGGCAUGUUCAAGAGCACACUCCAUUCAUUUGGGGUGCCACAUGAAACGAGGGCAUGUUGCAGGACACAUACAAAACUUCCCCAGCAUGAUAAAUGAUGGCAGACAAGCUCUCCUUCAAGAGCUUUGUCCUUGGUUGUCACAAAUGUUUCUAUUGAGGAAUCCCUGAUAAACUCUCAAGGAACACCACGCCGUCCAGGAACGUAGUUUGGAAACCACUAUUUGAGAUAGGUGUGUGUUGUUUAAAUUACUGGUAUGUGAGGAAAAUAUAUCAAUAUGUAUAUACUGUUUUUUGUUUAUAAGCAAUGGAUCAUCAUCUGAUGUAACCCUGUAGAAAUGAGGAACUGAUCCCCUUUGAUGUAUAUACAUAAAUGCCGUUUAUCUUAACAGGUAUUACUAAUGGGAGGCAUCUUAAUGGCAUCAGUUCCUUCAUUAGUCUUCUGUAUCUGUAUUUUAUGCACAAUGACAACCAAACAGUGCAAAUCUAAUUAAAUGACUCAUUACUCAGGCAGACUCUUCCACCAAGGGGCAGGGGUGGGAGAAAAUGAGUUCAGUAACAGGUAACUUGCUUUUCUUGAAGGCUACAGUUGAACGAUUAAAUUCUUUUCAUCCUAAGCAGAAAUGCCAGACGAAGGUUGUUCUAGAAAAGCUGUAGCAAAGUUGGUUGGUUGUUGGACUAUAGUCAGAGAGAGCCGUCUGUGGCAAUGGAAAGGCUAUGAGGAAUCUACUAGGGAUGCGAAAGGGAAUUCAGUGAUAUUGGCAAGACACUGGAAGAAAACAGAGGCCUGGUCAAAAACAGUGACCGCAGGCCUCGUUUUCUCAGGAGGCAACAUUGUGGAGAAACAGCUAAAUGGGACAUUCAUGUUUGGAGGCCUUGGGUACCAGAGCUGGGACAAGCAACCACUAAAGACGGGGGUUGCCCUCUGGUCUUGCAUGUGGAUGUUGGGUUAGAUCAAUUGUUAGUUCAGCCCAUCUCUUGUGUGUGGAUUUUAUGUGAUUCAACUUGGUAGGUAGGUAGAAUGAAGGAUUCAGGGAAAUAAUAGUGAGGUGAAUAUUCCCGAAAAAGAAUAUUGGGCUUAAAUUCAGAAGUGUGAAUAUGCCAGACCUACCCAUGGCUGUCAUUUGUUGUAAUAUCCCCUGCCGCCCCCACCCCCUAAACAUGUAUGAAACACCUUGUCAUGGUUCUUAUUUUCCAUUCAAAUUUGAAUCCCUUUGUCUAUCCAGUGGGCACUGAAGCAGCAUGGCUCCUUCAACAUUUCUGGUUGCUGUAUUCCAUACUUCUAACUAAAUAUAUUUACAAAAGGGACUGAU